UCGAGGACCAAACACAGCCAUGAAGACAUCACUGGUGACUCUCCUGUUGGUUGCUUUGGCGGCGGCAGAGCAGAAGAGGUCGGCCGAUCCGAGCUACGGCUACGGCUUAGGCCUCGGCUUGGGCUAUGGCCUAGGCUAUACAGGGGGCUACGGCUUGGGCUACGCAGGCUAUCCCUUGGGUUUCAGGGGCUACAGCUUGGGCUACGCGAGACCCCUGGCCGCCCACCACGUCUGGAAGCGCUCGGCGGACCCCGGACCCGCUCCCGAGGCCAAGCCCGAAGCCGAAGCCAAGCCCGAAGCCGAAGCCGAAGCCGACCCGUCCCACGGCUACGGGCUCCUCGGAGGCUAUGGCCUACUUGGCGGCCUCGGCUACGGAGGCUACGGCUAUGGGGGCUAUGGGGGCUAUAGGGGCUACGGGGGCUACGGCCACAGCCAUGUCUAUUCUUACCCUACCUAUUAUACUUACCCGUCAUAUGGCUAUGGUUAUGGGUAUGGAAAGUAAAGGCCGUUGGUGAGAGAGGCUUAGCGUCUAACACGUACGGGAGACAAGCAUUUAAAAAAAAAAAAAAAAAAA